AUGGCUGCUUCCCUCCCCAGACGCGUUCCCAUCCUCUUCCUCUUCAUCUUUUUAUCAUUUUUCGCUGCCGUGACGGCCAUCGACAAGGUCCCCGUGAAGGACAGAUUCAGGGAAGUCAACCAGGGAGAGUUCUCCGAGCACAGCAGCGAGUACUUCGCCGAUUACCGUGCCCUGGUGGUCUACGGAAACAUCUUCCAGUUGGCUUUCUACAACACCACUCCCAACAGCUUCAUGCUGGGCAUCCGGAUGGGGGUCUCGAGAUCGGAGUCUCUCCGGCGGUGGGUGUGGCAGGCCAACCGGAACCGCCCCGUCCGCGAGAACGCCACCGUCUCCUUCGGCGCCGACGGCAACCUCGUCCUCGCCGACGCCGACGGCACCGUCGUCUGGUCCACGGGCACCGCCAACAAGGGCGUCGUCGGCAUCACCAUCCUCGACAACGGCAACAUGGUCCUCUACGACAAGAAGGGAAGGUAUCUCUGGCAAAGCUUCGACUACCCCACGGACACCCUCCUCGUGGGGCAGUCCCUCCCCACCCGCGGCGCCGCCAAGCUGGUGAGCCGUAGAUCGGCAACCGACGCCUCCCCGGGGAUCUACAGUUUGACCGUCGAGUCCGGCGGGCCCGUCCUCUACGUCGACGCCUCGCCGAAGCCCGUCGUCUAUUACGACAUCUCCGCCGACUUAGGCCGCUCCGACAGGACCGCCGGUCCCAUCACCUUCAAGUGGUACUCGCCUGACAAAAACGCGAGCUUUGAGCUCUCCUUCGGGCUCCUCCGCAAGGUGAACAAGUACGACAGCAUCUACUCCUUCCUCCGUCUCACACCGGACGGCGACCUGGUGAUUUACACCUACGAUGACCGGGUGGACUACAAGGCCUGGGAGAAGACGUUCGUCCUUUUUAAUGGCGACACUGAGCUCCGCUCCGCCUGCUACAAGGUGGGCAGGUGCGCGGCCCUCGGGCUGUGCGAGAGGGAGAUGUGCACCGGGUGCCCUACGGCGAAGGGGACGUUGGGGUGGUCGGACAGCUGUGCACCGCCGAAGCGGGGGCCCUGCCGGCCGGGGGCGAGUUCUUCCUACUACAAGGUGGCUGCAGUGGAGCAUUUUAUCACCGUGUACAGAGCGGCGGAGGGAGUGGUCAGCGUCGGAGAGUGUCGACGGCGGUGCAACGCGGACUGUAGUUGUCUGGGGUUUUUCUACUGGGAAGAGAGCUCACAGUGCUGGCUGACUCCCAUCUUGAGCAACCUCAAGAAGGUCGCCAACCCAAGGCACGUCGCCUACAUCAAGUCCUCUUAA